GAGUGCCAUCUAACCAAGGACCUCUUCAUUAAUCAUCAAAUGAAUGGACAAAAACUCUGGCAUAGACACAAUUCAACAAUCACAGCAAAAGAUGGCAAGGACCGCAAAGGCUUAUGCCUUGAUAAUAGUCGUUUGUCAGGUUCUGGUCCUCGAUGCGUCAUUUCAGCAUGCACUUGUCUUGGAUAUGGCUAAAGUUCUGCUUGACAACUACUGCUUCCCAGAGAAUCUAGUUGGUAUGCAGGAGGCAAUCCAACAAGCUAUAAGUAGCGGAGAGAUCCUACACAUAUCCGAUCGGAAAACGCUGGCAGCUGUUCUGACUGCCGGUGUUCAAGGUGCACUCAAUGACCCCAGACUGACCGUGUCUUAUGAGCCUAAUUAUGUUCCAGUCAUGCCACCUGCACUCCCGACGCUGCCCACUGAACAGCUGAUACGGCUAAUCAGGAAUUCUGUUAAACUGGAGGUGAUGGACAAAAAUGUCGGCUACCUGAGGAUUGACCGUAUUAUAGGUCAGGAGACUACGGCAAAACUAGGACGCCUCCUUCAUGACAACAUCUGGAAGAAGGUUGCCCAUACGUCUGCAAUUAUCUUGGAUCUGCGUUUCAGCACAGCUGGGGAACUGUCUGGUGUACCAUAUAUUGUUUCAUUUUUUUCUGACUCUGAACCCCUUUUGCACAUAGACACAAUCUACGAGCGACCCACUAACACUACAAAGGAGUUAUGGACAAUGCCAUCUCUCCUUGGGGUUCGAUAUGGGAAAAGAAAAGACCUGAUCAUUUUAAUCAGCAAGCGCACCGCAGGUGCAGCAGAGGCUGUUGCCUACAUUUUAAAACAUCUAAAAAGAGCUGUCAUUGUUGGAGAAAGGUCCGCAGGGGGGUCGGUUAAGGUUGAAAAGUUACGAUUUGGGGACUCUGGUUUUUAUAUUACAGUCCCUGUUGCUAGAUCUGUUAACCCUGUAACAGGGCAGAGCUGGGAGGUGAGUGGGGUGUCACCAUCCGUGACUGUCAACCCAAAGGAAGGCGUUGCCAAAGCCAAGUCCCUCAUUGCUGUCAGGAAAGCAAUACCGAGAAUAACAAAAAGAGUGUCAGACAUCAUUAAACGGUUUUAUUCAUUUAGAGAUAAAAUCCCAGCUUUGCUAAAUCAGAUUGCUGAAGCAGACUUUUUUACAGUGAUUUCCGAGGAGGACUUAGCGGCAAAACUUAAUUAUGAGAUGCAGUCAGUCUUUGAGGACCAUCGUUUGAAUAUCAAGGUAAUGCAAAGAUCGCCUGUCAUCAUUGAGAAUGGGCAGGAACGAGACACAAUGCCAGAACAAUAUUCAUCUUUUGAUGACCUCAUUGAUGCACUAUUCAAAUUGGAAAUUCUUUCUGGAAACAAUGGAUAUGUCCGUUUCGACAGGUUCCCUAUGCCCACAAUAUUGUUAGGACUGGAGGAUCAAAUCAAAGAAAAGGUCUGGCAACCAAUCAAAGACACAGAGAACCUGAUUAUUGAUCUACGCUACAACACUGGCGGAUCCUCUGAGGCCUUGCCUAUUCUGCUAUCCUAUCUGUUUGACCCCUCAUCAAAUAUUCACCUCUUUUCUAUCUAUGACAGUAUGCGAAACAUGACCAUUGAUUUUCACACCCUACACAACAUCAGUGGGCCUUACUAUGGUUCCAGAAAGGGUAUUUAUGUUUUGACAAGCUAUUACACCGCGGAAGCUGGAGAAGAGUUUGCCUACCUGAUGCAGUCCCUGCACAGAGGCACUGUUAUUGGGGAAAUAACCUCUGGAACAUUACUUCACUCAAGGACCUUUCACAUUGAAGACACAAGCCUCGCCAUAACUGUCCCUGUCAAAAAUUUCAUUGAUGUAAAUGGUGAAUGCUGGCUUGGUGGUGGUGUAGUUCCUGAUGCCAUAGUGCUCGCAGACGAUGCAGUGGAGCGAGUUCAUGAAAUCAUUGAGUUUCACAAGGAUAUUCAGGCUUUGGUGCAAGAAGCAGGCGAUCUCUUGGAGGCAUAUUACACCAUACCUGAAGUUGCUGCAAAAGUGAGCAGAUUGUUACGAUCCAAAAUGACUGAGGGAUUGUAUCGCUCAGUUGUUGACUAUGAAUCUCUUGCAUCUCAGCUGACUACGGAUCUCCAAGAGACCACUGGUGAUCACAGGCUGCACAUUUUCUACUGUGAAAUUGAACCAGAGUCACUGCAUGACGUUCCCAAAAUCCCCUCACCAGAAGAGGCAGGGUUCAUCAUUGAUACCCUCUUCAAAACCGAGGUAAUGUCUGGGAAUAUUGGUUAUUUGCGAUUCGACAUGAUGGAAGACAUAACAGUCGUGCGAGCAAUUGGCCCCCAGCUCAUCAAAGUUGUGUGGAACAAGUUGGUAAACACAGAUGUGCUAAUAAUUGAUUUUCGCUAUAACAGAGGAGGCUAUUCCACAGCCAUUCCAUUACUUUGCACCUACUUUUUUGAUGAACAAUCGUUGAGACACCUCUACACCAUUUUUGAUCAUGCCACCACAACUAUGACAAAGGUUAUGACCCUUCCAGAAGUGUUAGGACAGAGGUACGGCUCUAAGAAAAAUAUUUAUAUCCUGACAAGUCACAUUACUGGAUCAGCCGCUGAAAUAUUUACUAGAACAAUGAAAGACCUGAACAGGGCCACUGUAAUUGGGGAGCCCACUGUCGGAGGUUCCAUCUCAAGUGGGACAUAUCAAAUUGGGGAUAGCAUUCUGUACGCUUCCAUUCCCAACCAGGCGGUUCUCAGUGCAGUUACUGGAAAAGUGUGGAGUGUAUCUGGAGUUGAGCCACAUAUAGCAGCUCAGGCAAGCGAUGCACUUACUGUUGCCCAAAAAAUAAUUGGUCUUCGUGCUGAAAUCCCAGGGUUGGUUCAGGCUGCAGCCACACUGAUUGAUGACAACUAUGCAUUUCCAAGUGUCGGGGUUGAUGUUGCUGAGAAGUUGGAGGUUGCUGUGGCAAGUGGGGAAUACAACUUCAUCUCCACAAAAGAAGAACUGCAAACAAAGCUCUCUGCUGACCUCCUAAAACUGUCUGGGGACAAGUGCCUGAAGACCACUAGCAACGUCCCUGCACUACCUCCAAUGAGUCCCACACCAGAGACAUUCAUUGAGCUCAUCAAAGUUUCGUUUCACACUGAUGUAUUUGAAAAUAACAUUGGUUACCUUCGCUUUGACAUGUUUGGAGAUUUUGAGCAUGUUGUUGCCGUCGCUCAGAUCAUUGUGGAACACGUCUGGAAUAAAGUGGUUGACACUGAUGCACCGAUCAUUGAUCUGAGGAAGAAUGUUGGUGGUCCUACUUCCUCUAUUGCUGGCUUUUGCUCAUACUUCUUUGAUGAAGACAAGCUAAUUGUGCUCGACCACCUGUUUGACAGACCUUCCAAUUCCACAAGAGAUGUCCUAACCCUUGCAAAACUGACAGGCAGGAGAUACGGCAGCAAAAAGAGCCUGUUAAUCCUCACCAGUGGUGUGACCGCUGGAGCUGCUGAGGAGUUUGUUUUUAUCAUGAAGAGGCUGGGACAUGCAAUGACUAUUGGUGAGACAACCAGUGGAAGCUGUCAUCCCCCAGAGAAUUUCCGCCUGGGCGAGAGCGAUACCUUCCUGUCUAUUCCAAACAGCCAUUCAGACACUUCUCUGGGCCCUUCCUGGGAGGGUGCUGGCAUUGCCCCUCACAUUCCAGUGCCUGCUGACGCUGCCCUCGACACAGCAAAGGGCAUCCUCAACAAGUAUUUUGCUGGUCAGAAAUAAUCUGGGUCUGGUAUAGAAGCCAAAUGUUGUCGAAUAUGAGCAAUUUAGAUUGACAUAUUGUAAAGAGGCUAUAAUACUGUUUAGAUCUUUAAGGUCAUUUUUAGAAAGCAUGUAUCCAUGCUAGUUCAAACAUUUUGUAUUAUUUUUCUUAUGUAGUUCUUUCUAACCCAUCCAAUCUAAAGCAACUUGGUAGAGGAGGUAAUGAUGGAAAUGAACAUCCCUACAGCAUAUUAAAACUGAUGAUUGAUAACUUAAAAAGUAAUAUUCAUAUGUAUGCCUGUUCUGAACUUGAAUAUGUGUGUUUGGUACUUUGUGUUCUAGUUUUCUUUGUGCACAUUCAAAUUUGUUUAUGCUUGUAUUAAUUCAAAACUUCAAAUGAAAUUGUUAUGCCUCAUAUAAAACGGAUGGAUAUUCACAAAUUUGUCUUGUUUGAAAAGCACCUUGAAGCUUUAAAACUUCCUUUUUUCUGUGUAUUUGAGGAAAACUGGGAAUUAAUGAUGUACUGUCUGAAACCAAAUGAUAGAACUAAAUAAAUGCAAU